AUGGCCCCCAAGCUCAAGAUUGCCGCUAUCCAGGCCGAACCUGCGUGGAACGAUCUCGAAGGUGGCGUGAACAAGUCCAUCGCACUUAUACAAGAGGCGGCCCAACAGGGUGCCAAUGUCAUUGGCUUUCCCGAGGUCUUCAUUCCCGGUUACCCUUGGAGCAUCUGGGCUCAGUCUCCCACGGACAAUGCUGCGUUUAUGGAUGAAUACUUCCACAACUCUCUCGUCAAGGACUCGGACGAGAUGAGGCGCAUCUGUGCUGCGGUCAAAGAAGCCGGCGCUUUCGUCGUGCUCGGAUACAGCGAGCGCUUCAAGGGCACGCUUUACAUUGCCCAGUCUUUCAUUGACGAGAACGGCGUUAUCGUUCACCACCGCCGCAAGAUUAAGCCCACUCACGUCGAGCGCGCCUAUUGGGGCGAUGGGCAAGGCGAGUCGCUUCAAACAGUCGCGCCCAGCACGACUUUCCCUGACGUCAACAUUGGUGGCCUCAACUGCUGGGAGCACACCCAGACUCUCUUGCGGUACUAUGAAUUGUCGCCCUCGAGAGGCACUUGCUUCGUCAUGGUGAGCACGCAGAUUGUUCGCGAGGAAUCAAAGAAGCGCUGCCGGAUCGACAAGUUCGACUACGCCAGCGCCGUCCAGCAGGGCGACGGCGGCGGCUUCAGCAUGAUCUAUUCACCUUGGGGCCAGGAGCUUGCGAAGCGUCUGCCGCCUGGCGAGGAGGGCAUCCUGUACGCCGACGUUGAUCUCGCGGAGAAGACCAAGGCGAAGCAGAACCUGGACAUCGUUGGGCACUACUGCCGGCCUGACCAGUUGAGCCUCCGUGUCAACAAGUACCCCGCCAGGCCCGUUCACUACGCGGCGGACCCUUGA